AUGGUAAAGACAUUUCAAGUCUACUUAGGAGCACAAGGAAACAGCUCAACACGAAGCAACAGCAGCAACAGUAGUUGCAGUAACAGUAGCGAUACUGAUGACCGUACAUACAGUUGUGUACAUUGUCGUGCUCACCUUGCUCGUCAUCAAGAUCUUAUUUCCAAGUCGUUUCAAGGAAGCCAAGGUCGCGCAUAUCUGUUCGACACGGUUGUUAAUGUUUCUUGUGGGAAACCAGAAGAAAGGCUCCUACUCACCGGUCUCCAUUCUGUAGCAGAUAUCUACUGUGAUUGUUGUCAUACAGUAUUAGGUUGGAAAUAUGAACAAGCUUUUGAAUCUAGUCAAAAGUAUAAAGAAGGCAAGUAUAUCAUAGAAUUAGCUCAUUUAAUUAAAGACAAUGGAUGGGAUUGGGUAGUUUCUGAAUUAGAACAACGAAGACCUUAUUGA